GAUGGAUCAUAUAUUAUCGUCGUCUUUCUGGCUACAUGGCUGCUUCCACUUUCCCUCUCCUUUUCUCUGCGCUCCCCCUGACUACCAUGAACCCACUGUACCCUGAUUGAACGGCCCGACCGUUGAAGCCAAUUCCCCACGCCCCCGUGUCCAUUAUUCGAUUUGCCCCCCAGCCUUGGGUGGUUCCUCUACGCGCCAGACGCAAGACCACAAAAAAAAACUUUUGCACCAGAAUUGGCCACCCGGCAAAAAAAUAAAAAAUAAAAUAAAACACUCCUCCCCCCUUUAUAUACGGCGAGGAACGCGUUCUUUCCACAAACAACUCGUCUCCCAUCUCUUUUCCACCCUUCAUUUAUCCCAGCAGUCGGCGAGCCUUCCGUGCUUAAUUCUCUAGCGGAUCAAAAGACAGAUCGCUCGAUCGCCCCACCAUGUUCGAAGACUUCUCCUUCUCGUCCCCCUCGUCCGCCCGGCCGUCGCGCCCGGCGCUGGACGGGGAUGACCGCCUGAUGGUCGACUGUGAUAGCGCCCUCAUCUCUCCGCUCUCCUCGCGAUGCCCGUCGCCUCGCUCCUCCCGGUUCCCUCGGAGCCUCGCCCGAUCUCGAUCCUCCCACUUCCGCUCGCAACAGGCCCCCACCUCCGUCCCCUUCGACUAUAACCACAAACGCCUGUCCAUCGCAACCCUGACCCGGAAACUCCACGAGCACACUAUCCAGAACCCGUCCCGCGAUGACAUGCAACUCGAGAGUCCCACUUCCCUGCCGGACCCUCAAUCCCCGUCCGACUUCGCCUCCGGCUCCGCCAAGUUCCCGGGCUACGUCCUGACGCCCCCGGACACCGACCACGACGACGAAGGCUUCUUCGAUUCCUCGUCCCUCACCUCUCCGUCGCUGUCUCCGCAACCCCAAUCCCCCUUUCUCAGUCCCACCUCCGCCCCGCUGGAUGACUCCCCGGCCCAAGAUGCGGUGCCAGACCUCCUUCACUGCCCCGACAGCUGGAAUGUUCGCGCUCAGCGACAGCACAUUUCCCGCCUGCAAUGCAACCCGUCCGACGUCGAUGCCAUCCGCCAGGCUCUCCUCUCCGAAGACGAAGCGCUGAACAUGAAUCUGAAGUACCCGCCCAGCGCCGAUGCCUGUCACCCCAGCUCGCUCCCGCCGCAGCAGUCUCCUCGACGGAGGGCGCUGACCCUCCAGCGCAGCCGGUUCCGACCGCAAACGUCAUCCAACUCCUCGGGCCUGGCGGAACCGACUUCGGCCGAGCCCCGCGGCCGGCGUAAGAGCAGCUCGGGCGUUGUGCAGUCGCAUCGGAUCGAGAAGAACUACCACUCCGCAGGCCGGGACAUGCACAAGAAAAGUGAGCAGGGAUUGAGACGGAAGAGCUUGGUGAGUGCGGCGCUUGCCUCCAUGGUUGAGAAGAGCUGCUGUACCUCGGACUAAGCUUUUGUCUUUCCGUUUUGGAACUUCUUCCCAUCUUUUCUGUGUCUUUUUUUUCGGUCGAUUUGAUUUCUUUCUAUUUGGCUUGUAUAUAUCCUAUUCUUGUACUUUCUUUCUUUUUCUUCGUUUCGAUCCGCAUGUUGUUUUAAAAGGUAGAUACCCAAAUUGUGUACAUUGUUUAGUUCUUAUUUCUUUGGCCUCGAUUUCUUCCACUCUCAAUACACUAUACACUCUACUUGACUAUAUUUAUCUGAAUAUCUCAACCACUUGACAAAAGCAAACCAAACGAGUCUCUUCGUACCCCUUCAAUUAAUCAAUGCUCAUUGCAUCUAUCAGUCACAUUAAACAGUGCCAUAUCACAGAUCAUAAUAUGGCUACAGAGGAAAACAGAGCAAACGAAUCGAAUCAGUGAUGGGAAAGACGACA